AUGAAGCUGAUGUAGACAAGGAUGACCAUGCUUCGAUCGGAAAUGAUAAGGAUGAUAAGGAGGAGGAUGACAAAUUAAGUGAGGAUAAUCAGUCUGAUGACACUAAAAAUAAAGGUACCCAAGAUACCAUAGUUGAGAUGAUGGAUAAGAUUGGAAACGAAAUUCAAGAGACUAAAACAGAAUUAGAUCACGAAAAAACAAAUAAUCAAGCCGAUGUCGAAUCACCAAUUAUCAAAAAGGAUAGUGAGACGAGCAAUAAAAGCGGUGCUUCAGCUCAGCUCGACUCUCUAUUGUCUCGUCUUCCAAAUAUGGUUAAUCGUGACCUCAUUGAUCGAGCUGCUGUGGACUUUUGUUAUUUAAAUUCUAAAGCGUCUAGAAAAAAGUUAAUAAAA